UUAUGUCAGCGCUGAGGCGAAGGGGGCGGGGGGACGGAGGAGAGGCUCAAAAAUAGCCCGAUGACUGCAGCGGCGGGGCUGAGCCGUGGGAUAGAUACGGCAGCGGUUACUAGCGGGCGCCGCCUCAGCAGCCCGAGGAGCUCCCAGACCAGACGCUCUGCAUGCGAUGAGGAGGGGGUCAGCCAUGGCCAGUCGCGGCAGCUGCACUGAGGAGGAGGAAGAGGAGAGGGAGGACGCCGCCCUGAGGAAGCUGAUCGUUCGCCUCAUAAACGUGCAGGAGGGGAAGCAGCUGGCGAGCUUGCUGCAGACGCUGGAGGACCUGCUGGCCUUGGCCCACCGGCCCCGCGCGCCCAGGCUGUUCGGCAGCCGAAACGUCCACGUGCCCUUGUUGCUGGUGUUGGACUCCUACCUGCGAGAGGCCGCGGUGCAGCAGGUGGGUUGGUCGCUUCUUUGUAAAUUAAUAGAAGUGUGUCCAGCCACUCUAUGUAACAUAGCUCCUCAAGAUGUUGGAAGGGAUUGGGAAGUACUUGGUGUUCAUCAGCAUAUUCUUAAAAUGCUUACUAUCCACAAUGCAAACAGAAACCUCUUGAUAAUAGGACUCAAGGCACUAAAUCUACUACUCUCUUCAGAUAUAAUUACAAUUAUGCUCUUGGAUGAAGAGACAGAUGUAUUUUUGUUGGUGUUUGAUGCUAUGCAAACCUUCCCAAACAAUGAAGAAAUCCAGCAAUAUGGAUGUAAAACUUUGCACAUGCUUUUUGAGAAAGUUCCAGAAGAGCAGCUGACUGAAUUUGUUGAAAGCAAAGAUCACAUGAUCAUACUGAAUGUGUUAAAACAGUUUCAAGAAAAAGAAGAUGUUGUACUUCCGGCACUUUAUUCUUUACAUUCAUUAGCUGGUCCAUCCAGCAAUGUUGAAGUGCUCAUGUCUGGAAAUGUUAGAUGUUACAAUGUCAUAGUGGAAACGAUGAAAACAUUCCCUAACAGUGAACCAAUUCAGAAAGUGGGUUGCUGUUUGUUGCACAAGCUUACACUGGGAAAUUUUUUCAACAUCCUGGUAUUAAAUGAGGUACACGAAGUCAUUGUGAAGGCUGUUAUAAGAUACUCUGCAAAUGCAAAGUUACAGGCUGCAGCACUCGGUUGUUUAGCUCUCCUCACGGAAACAAUAUUUUUAAACCAAGACUUAGAGGAAAGAAAAGCAGAGGAAGAGGGAGAAAAAUUAUAUUGGCUGGAAGCAUGCUAUAAAGCAUUAAAAUUGCACCGAAAAAACACAGAUGUACAGGAGGCUGCUUGUUGGGCUUUGAACAAUCUGUUUAUGUACCAGUGCAACCUUCAUGAGAAAAUUGGAGAUGAAGAUAAACAGUACCCCAUACACAGAGAAGUGAUGCUAGCCAUGCUGAUGCAUUCCACUGCAAAAGAAGUGUUUCAGGCAGCUGCUAAUGCCUUGGCAACUUUAUCAGAACAAAAUGUAAAUAUUAGAAAGGUUCUGUUGGCAAAAGGAAUACACAUUAAUGCAUUGGACAUAAUGAAGAAACAUUCAGACUCCCCUGAAGUGGCUGAAAGUGCCUGCAAAAUGCUGAAUCGUGUUUUUGAAGGAAGUUUCCCUCAUCUGGACAUAGUGAUAGCAGUUGCAUCAGAAGUCCUAAAGGCCAUGAGGAAACAUGAAAAGGUGCCAUCUGUACAGCUGGAGGCUCUUCGAGUCAUUUUACCUUUCAUGAUCCCUGGUGCCAUGAAAGAACUGCAAAAUGGUUCUUCAGGAACAGUGGGAGAUGCUGACUUGAUGCUUACCUUAAAAGUAAUUAAAAACCAGUGUUUGUUGGAGGGGACUCACACACUAGUGCUUGAUGCUUUAAACAGGUUUAUUGGAAAUCCUGGCAUUCAGAAAUGUGGAUUAAAAAUACUUUCUUCUGUAGUGGAGUGUUCUGGUGCACUACAAAUGUUAUCCCAACAAGGAGCCACAGACACUGUACUUCACACACUACAGAUGUAUCCAGAUGAUCGAGAAAUACAGUGCUUAGGUUUGAGUCUUCUAGGAUCUUUGAUUACAAGAAAGAGUUUGUGUAUCGCAUCUAUGCAUGUGCUGGCAACAGUUCUGGUUUCCACUUUACGACGAUUUAAGGAGGUCGUUGAAAUACAGAUACACGGAUUUCACAUGAUCUUGACAAUCAUUGACUUGUCACCUUGUUUUGCAAAGCUGCUGAUAUAUGAAUCAUUUGACACAGUCAUUUUUUAUCAAAUGUCCAUGUGUUUCACUGAACAAAGAGACCAGCAGUUUCAAAGCAUGUGCUGUAAAUGCUUCGCUAAAAUAGCCAACAAUGAUGAUUUAAAAAACAUGAUGCUGGAGAAAGCAUGUGCUGAGUACAAUAGCAUUAUGGCUGAAUGUUUACUUUUACUGGGAGCUGAUGUUAAUAAGAACACAAAGACGAGCUCUUUAAUCUAUCAGGUUUGUGAGAAAGGAAGCAAUCCUAAGCUGGUGGAACUGCUAUUAACUAGUGGUGCUCGAGAGCAGGAUGUUCGGAGUGCUUUAACAGUCAGCAUAAAGAAAGGAGAUAGCCAGAUCAUCAGCUUGCUCUUAAGGAAGCUUAGCCUGGAUGUAGCCAACAGCAGUAUAUGUCUUGGAGGAUUUUGUAUGGGGAGAAUUGAACCUUCCUGGCUCAGCCCUUUGUUCCCAAAUAAACUUACUCCUAUAAGAAAACAAACAAAUGCAGGUUCUGCAUUGGCAAGAAUGGUGCUUAGGUACCAAAUGAAGACUUUUUCAGAAGACCGAUCAAGAUCCAGUUCUGAUGUAACUUUCUCUGAAGAUGUACUGGAUAAAAGUGAUGAUUGGAUAUUCAUGCCUGAGCCAUUAGUAGACAGUGUUUUUCGCUUGAGUGAUGACAUCGAUAGUGAAGGGAGUGAAGGUUCAUUUCUGAUGAAAAAGAAAUCCAACUCCAUUGCAGUUACUGAUCUGUACAAAGAUCCACCCUUCCAAAGAUAUUCUCCUACUACACAAAGGCAUUCCAGUUCUCUGGGACCUGGUUCAGAUCAUGAACCAUUAGUGAAGCAAAGAAGAAGAUUGUAUUCAGAUGAAUCUCACAAAGGGAUCUCAAAAUUCCAAUCGCUUUUAAAACGAUCAGACAGUUUGUCUUCAUUGGUCUCUGAGAAAGACUAUAUUAAGUCAUUAGAUCUUUCAUCAAAUGAGCUGGAGAAUAUAGAUGCCAUCAGUCAGAACUGCUGCUUAACUGGUCACUUGGAACGUCUUGAGAAAUUAGAGCUGCACCAAAAUGCACUCACAAGCAUUCCAGAACAACUGUGUGAAACUUUGAAAUGUUUGACUUACUUGGAUUUGCACAGUAACCGGUUUGCAUCUUUUCCUACUUAUUUACUGAAAAUGAAUUAUAUUGCAAACCUUGAUAUCUCUCGGAAUGACAUUGGCCCUUCCUUAGCUUUGGAUCCACAUACCAAAUGCCCAACUCUGAAGCAGCUUAAUCUAUCAUACAAUCAACUGUCGUGCAUUCCUAAAUUUCUUGCGGAUAUUGCAGAAAACCUAGAACAGCUAAUGCUAGAAGGAAACAAAAUCUCAGGUAUAUGUUCACCCAUAUGCUUGAAGGAACUGAAAGUUUUAAACAUUAGUAAGAACAAUAUUUCAUCCUUGGCUGUUAAUUUUCUCAAGGAGUGCACAAAAUUGGAGCUAUUUAGUGCCAGGAUGAAUUUACUUGAUACCCUACCUAACUUGCCAUCUAGCAUAACAAAUUUAAAAUUAUCUCAAAAUCAUUUUGUCAGUAUUCCAGAAGCGAUUCUUCUUCUUCCACAUGUCCGCUACUGGUUACAUAUUGACUCCAGCUACUUCUAUAGAAGACAAGAGGAGUUCUACAGCACUCAUCCACAUUUUAUGACUCAGAGAGCCUUGUAUCUUGCUGUUUAUGAUCUCAGCAAAGGACAAGCAGAAGUGGAUGCUAUGAAGCCAUGGCUGUUUAAUAUCAAGGCUCGAGCUUCCUCAUCCCCCGUGAUUCUUGUUGGCACUCAUUUAGAUGCCUCUGGUGAGAAGCAACAUAAGGCCUGUCUGAGUAAAAUUACCAGAGAGCUGUUGAAUAAGAGGGGUUUCCCAGCAAUCAAAGAGUAUCAUUUUGUAAAUGCUACAGAAGAAUCUGAUGCUAUGAUCAAACUUCGGAAAACCAUAAUAAAGGAGAGUCUGAAUUUCAAGAUCAGAGACCAGCCAGUAGUAGGACAGCUAAUCCCAGACAGCUAUCUGGAACUUGAGAAGAUAAUUUUAUUCGAACGUGAAAAUGUUCCAACUGAAUUUCCUGUGAUUGACCAUAAGCAAUUAUUAGAACUGGUGCAAGAAAGUCAGUUACAGCUGGAUGAAAAUGAACUUCCUCAUGCAGUUCACUUUCUGAAUGAAUCAGGCGUACUGCUACAUUUUCAAGACCCAGCACUUCAGCUAACAGAUCUGUAUUUUGUGGACCCUAAGUGGCUGUGUAAAAUCAUGGCACAGAUUUUGACAGUGAAGGUGGAAGGCUUUCCUAAAUACCCUAAAGGAAUUAUAAAGCGUUCAGAUGUGGAAAAAUUCCUUUUAAAGAAGAGCAGAUUCCCUAAGAUCUACAUGUCACAAUACUUUAAGCUUCUGGAAAAGUUCCAAAUUGCAUUGCCAUUAGGAGAAGAUCAACUACUUGUUCCAAGCAGUUUGUCUGAUCACAGACCUGUUAUAGAACUUCCCCACUGUAAAAACUCAGAAAUCAUCAUUAGGCUGUAUGAGAUGCCGUACUUUCCCAUGGGGUUCUGGUCCAGACUGAUCAACAGGCUGCUUGAAGUAUCUCCUUACAUGCUCUCAGGAAGAGAACGAGCUCUUCGUCCUAAUAGAAUGUAUUGGAGACAAGGCAUUUACCUGAACUGGUCUCCUGAAGCUUACUGUCUAGUGGAAUCAGCAGUAUUUGAUAGCAAUCCAGACAGUUUUUUGAAAAUUACAGCUCCUUCUUGCAGAAAAGGUUGUGUCCUUUUGGGGCAAGUUGUGGAUCACAUUGAUUCUCUUGUGGAAGAAUGGUUUCCAGGUUUACUGGAUAUAGAUGUAUGUGGUGAAGGGGAAACACUGUUGAAGAAAUGGGCUUUGUGUAGCUUUGAGGAUGGCAAAGAACACCAAAAAAUAUUACUUGAUGAUUUACUUAAAAAAGUUGAAGAAGGUGAUCUCUUAGUAAAUCCAGAUCAACCAAGAUUUACCAUUCCAAUAGCCCAGAUUGCUCCUGACCUGAUAUUGGCUGAUUUGCCUAGAAAUAUCAUGUUGAACAAUGAUGAAUUGGAAUUUGACAAGGCUCCUGAAUUUCUGUUGGGUGACGGUGGGUUUGGAUCUGUGUACCGCGCAUCAUAUGGUGGAGAAGAAGUAGCUGUAAAGAUUUUUAAUAAACAUACUUCCCUCAGACUCUUACGACAAGAGCUUGCAGUGCUUUGUCAUCUCCAUCACCCUAGCUUAGUGUCUUUGCUGGCUGCUGCAGUCCGUCCCCGGAUGUUGGUAAUGGAAUUAGCCCCUAAGGGUUCUCUGGAUCGUUUGCUUCAGCAAGAUAGUUCAAGCUUAACUAAAACACUUCAGCACAGGAUAGCUCUACAUGUAGCAGAUGGCUUAAGGUAUCUGCAUUCCUCAAUGAUCAUUUAUCGAGAUUUAAAGCCUCAUAAUGUGCUGCUCUUUACAUUAUAUCCCAAUUCAGCAGUCAUUGCAAAGAUUGCUGAUUAUGGCAUUGCUCAGUAUUGCUGCAGAAUGGGGAUAAAAACCUCAGAAGGCACACCAGGAUUUCGAGCACCAGAGGUUGCCAGAGGAAAUGUGAUUUACAAUCAGCAAGCUGAUGUGUAUUCAUUUGGCUUGCUUCUUUAUGACAUUUUAACAGCCGGAGGUAGAAUAAUAGAAGGCAUGAAGUUUCCAAAUGAAUUUGAUGAAUUAGCAAUUCAUGGAAAAUUACCAGAUCCUGUCAAAGAAUAUGGGUGUGCCCCCUGGCCUGAAGUUGAAAGUUUAAUCAGCAAGUGUUUGAAAGAAAACCCUCAGGAAAGACCUACAUCUGCCCAGGUUUAUGAUAUUUUGAACUCAGCAAAGCUUAUCUGUUUGAUGAGAUAUAUUUCAAUACGCAGUGCCUUUACAGCAGAGUGCAUGGUUGCUUCUAAUCAAAGCUGCAAGAAGGCAGGGGUCUGGAUAGGUAAUGGAAAUACAAAAAAAGGCCAGGUUUCGUUUAUUGACUUAAAUACAGACGACCAAACUUGUGAGGACAUUGCAGAUGGAAGAAUCUUGUGUUUGGCUUUAGUGACUCUUCCUACAGAGAGAGAAAACUGGGUUGUGGCAGGAACACAGUCUGGUUCCCUGUGGGCAUUUAAUACAGAAGACGGAAAAAACAAACACCAUCUUCAGAAAAUGUCAGAUUCUGUUACCUGUUUAUACUGCAACUUUUUUUCAAAGCAAAGCAAACAGAAGAAUUUUUUUCUGGUGGGAACCGCUGAUGGCAAAGUAGCAGUUUUUGAAGACCAAGUAGUAAAGUGCAAGGGUGCAGCACCUUUGAAGAUAUUAACUAUAGGGAAUGUCAGCACACCACUUAUGUGCUUAAGUGAAUCCACAUAUGCAUCUGAAAAAAAUAUAGUCUGGGGAAGCUGUGGAACAAAGAUCAUAUCAUUAUCUGGUGAUAUAUCUAUUCAAAAACUGAUUGAGACAAAGACAAGUCAGCUAUUCUGUCACAAGGCUUACAGUGAUGCAAACAUUAUUUCAAUAGCAGUGGACAAAUCCAUCUACUUGGCUAAGAAAAACAGCCAUUUUGUGGAAGUUUGGGAUAAGAAAACAGAGAAACUUUGUGAACUAAUUGACUGUGCACAUUUUCUAAAGGAGGAAGUGGUGAAACUAAAUAAAGAAUCAAAACAUACAGUGGCUUAUUCUGGAAGAGUGAAGACCAUCUGUCUACAAAAAAAUUCUGCCCUCUGGAUAGGAACAGGAGGAGGACAUAUCCUGCUGCUUGAUUUAACAACACGUCGUCCUAUACGAAUAAUACACGAUUUUUGUGACUCUGUUCGAGUCAUGCUGACAGCCCAGCUAGGGAGCCUCAAGAACGUCGUGCUGGUUUUGGGGUACUGCUAUAAAUGUAAUGAAGACAACAAACAUCAGAAAGAGCUGCAGUCGUGUAUGUCUGUGUGGGACAUUAAGCUGCCCCAUGAAGUACAAAACCUGAAAAAGCACAUUGAAGUGAGACAGGAAUUAGCAGAAAAAAUGAGAAAUUUUUCUUUGGAUUAAGGAACCCUAGACAAGUGGAGAGUCACCUUGUUUCCCAUUGGUUUAAAUUUUUACUAUAUAUUGCAUUACUUUUUUGUUUAAGAAACAAAGGGAAGUGAUGGUUGUUCCUCAAAAUCAUGAAAUAUCAGAAGAAAUAAGGAAUGUUUUUAUUUAUAAUAUUUUGAUUUAUAAUAUUUUGAAGGAGUCAAAACUAUUCACUCAAUCUGCUUUCAGCAACACUGGUAUAAAUCCAAAGUAUCUUUAUUGGUAUGUUUCUGAUUUUGGUUACACCAGCAUAAAUCCAGAGUAACUCCAGAGGAUUAGAUUCUGCUCCUAGUUACAUCCAUCUAUAUGCAGAGUAACUUCAUUAAGUUGACACUGUAAAUCAGAGCAACGUUUAGGCCUCACUAGAUAGUCUGCUGCCUGCAUAGGUGAACGUUACUGAUGGUUAAUGUUAUUAGUUAAACUCAUAUUUAAUAAUUUUGAUUAUAUGAAAGAAAACAUUGUCCAUUAUCUGAUGGAUAGUACAGCUAGUUAGUGAAAUGUACACAGCCUAAUUUACAAAGCACAGGCUGAAUAGGUCAGGCUUUUUUCUUUCCUAUGUACAUUAGAGUUUGGCAGUUUUCAGUCUGUUCAUAAAAGGCUGUGCACUGCAACAGCAAAGACAAAAUUCAGAAUGAAAGUGUCUGUCAAGAUAGUGCCUUUUUUUGACUAUGAGUGUAUGCCUGGCACUGGGCAAUGCAAUCUCAUUAAUAGAAACACUAUUGUUUCAUAACACAUUCACACAUGUAAUUCUACAACUCCCUUUGCAUGGUCAAGAGAACGCAGGGUAAAAUUCUAGUUCUGAAUGUUGCUGUAAAUAGUACACAGAAUGUGGUAUGACAUGGUGCUUCUCAGGUAGCUAUAAAGUGCCUAUGGAGUAUUCACGCAAUAGAAUUGUCCAGUUUGCUUAUCUCAGUCUGAAAAAGAAUGAAAACUAUAGUAUUCAUAUUUACCAUGUGUGCAAAGUUUACCAUCCAGCCUUGUUAUGAGCCCUUAUAUUGAUAUUUUUGUAGUAUGUAGUGGAGCCUGCAGGCAUCCAAGAAUGGGCUACUUCUUGCCUUGUGUAACCCCACUGUGAGACUGCUCACACACACACCUACCUUUAUUCUGGAGAUACCAUUUUAUUGCUCUAUAUCCAUUAACCCAAUUGUCUGUCAGCAUGACUCGGUGCCUUACUUCUGUCCUUCAUACCACAGACACGUGUCUUGAUCCCUAAGACCAAGAGCAUCUUCACCAUAACAAGCCUGCAAUGCCAGGGAACAAAAAACCCAAAGCUGUGCAGCAGAGCAAGGUGUUGCCACCAAACAAGUCCCCCUCCCUCCAAUCUUUUACAGUUAUAAAUAAUUCCCAAAAUAGGAUAACAGAGAGCAUAGAACCUUCUCAAAAUGAAUCAAUGUUUGGCUAUUUGGAUUCUUUUCAUAUGUGCACUGUUUAUAAUGUGUUUGUGUUGUAUUAUGUGCUAUGAAUAAUGCUAUUUAUAUGGGAUUUUAUAAUGCAAAAAAUACAUUAUUUUUAUCAUAAAGAAAUAAACUUAAAUAUCUAAUGUUA